AUGUCAUCACAGAGGAUUGCAUUCAAAGUGCAUGGCACGGUCCAAGGAGUUGGCUUCCGUGACUUUACCCAGAAACGGGCCGUCGAAUAUGGUCUCAAGGGCUGGGUCAAGAAUACAAACUGCGGACGGGUCGAGGGAGAGGCACAAGGCCCCGAGGAGACGCUACAGAAGUUCCUGAAGGAUGUCGACAAAGGCCCUCGAUCCGCGCAUGUCGUCAAAUUGGAGAAGAAAAUCCUGGACGUGAGGGACGACGACGAUGGCCACUUUGGCGUGAGGAGAACAUCCGAAUCGCUGUUUGAAUCCUCUUAG